GGGCUCUAGAUUUUAAGCCAACGUGGUAUAGAUCUCAUGACACGUCGGGCUCUUCAACUCGCGACGAGACUAGCUCCUUCUUGGAGACUUAGUUUGGGGCUUAAAAUUAUUAUCAUGAGGCCCAGUUCAAAUAACACUAAUUGUUAUUAAUGAUCUGGCCUUAUAAAGGCAGUUAGUGCAUUGUAAGUAAUCAGUGUGGUACACUAGUAUUUUUUAGGUGUAAACAUCUACGUCGAAUGAAGAUUAGCAAAUGAUUAAACCCUAAUUACCUAGCUCUCUCUCUCCCUUUCACCUCCCUUUGGCCGACCCCUUUCCUCUCUCAAUCGGCUGCUGCGCAACCUUCUUCUUCUUCCUUUCCCCUCCCUACCACGUUCCACCUCUUCUUUCCCUUUUCUUAUACUCGCACAAGCAGAGCCAUACUAGGCUCUUUAUCCCAAUUCUCACACUUUUCCUUUUAUUAGAUAGAAUCCGGGAAACGGAUUUCAAUCAUCUAGUAUCAGAGCCUGAUUCCAACUAUUGAGUUUGUCGCAACUCUACACCGGGACGGGCAGCAGAACCAUGGCGAUCACCAAGUCUCCGGCAGAAAAGUACGACGCUGGAUCCAAGGCGGCGGCGGCCACGACAAGGGCUUCCUCGCCACUUGCGGACAAUCGGCGCGAAGGAGACGUGGUGGAUGAGACGGAGAGUGACGAUCUCCAAGCCUUGAUGCGCAUCAUCAUGGCGAUGCAGUUGAGGACCGACUCCAACAUGGAGGAGGUGCGGGCUGAGGUGCAAGAGGCCAGGCGUGAACGUGACGUGAUCAUGCAACUCCUCACCAGCAUGCAGGAGGAACAGAGGCGGCAGCAUUGGGGUUCGGCGGGUGGCAGGCCCGCGCGCGGGCGCUGGAGGAGGAAGCGCGGCGGUCCCGGCGGCUAGCAGGGCGGCGACAGGGCUAGGAGGAGGGGCAACCGCGGAGCAGGCAGCGGUCGAGCGAGUGGGCCUCGUAAUGGGCCCGGGUUACUACCGACUUCGACGGCUGAGGACAUCGCGGCCAUACGUGGUAAAGCGAAGAUGCUGGGCUACGACAACGUGGUCCAGAACCCGUGUUUCAAACCAAUGGGCCCACACUCCAUGGAGCGCGAGAUGGGCCGAGUGCAGCGUGCCGGGGGCGGGUUCAAUCGGGCAGGCGGGGCGGACAGGGUCAUGGUGAACCGGUCAGGCCCAAAUGGCCAAACCGGAUCGAGCUGGGUCAAAGGCGGUCGGACCAGGGCUGGGUGGACCGAAGCCGAUCGAACUGGUGACGAGUGGACUGUUGAUGGUCGGCCCGGGGCAGGGUGGACCGAGGAGGGUCGACCGACAGCGACCGAACUAGGGCCAGGUGGACCACCAAUGGCCGAACCAGGGUGGGCCGAACCACAAGCGAACCCCACCAGUUCGGGUUGACUCCGGAUGGCUGACCAGUAGCUGAAUGGAGGGCCCAGCUAGAGGGCUCAAGUGCAUACGGACCUCGAUAGCAGCAGGAGAUUCAGGGGGUCAACCGGGUGGGUACAGAGACUACUCAGGCGAGAACGAACAUGGCUGGGGUGCAGGAGACGAAGCA